AUGACAGAGGUUAUUGAAACACAGCUACUCAUCAACAACAAGCUCGUUCCAGCGAGCGACAACGGCUCUUUCGAGCUAUACUCUCCGCACACCGGGGACUUGGUUGCCAAAGUUGCGGAAGCUACACGCGACGAUGUCAACACUGCUGUUGAUGCUGCUCAGGCGGCUUUCCCAGCAUGGAGCGCUCUUUCCCCGCUACAGCGCGGUGCUCCGCUCAAGAAGCUUGCUGAUUUGCAUCUUCAAGAGAAGGACGAACUCGCUCGACUAGAUGCCAUCUCCAUGGGUAAGCCGGUCGGCACCCACGGCAUCGAUGUCCAUUAUGCCGUUACACAGUACAACUACUUCGCUGAAGCUGCGUACCCGCAAGGCCAUACGAGUCUGAACACGCCGGGAUUCCUGAAUAUGAGCCUGCGACAACCGUUUGGUGUCGUGGCUAUUAUUAUUCCGUGGAAUGCACCUCUGAUCUUCUUCGCCAAGAAAGUCGCGCCUGCGCUGGCUGCCGGUAAUUGCGUUGUGGUGAAGAGCAGCGAGAAGGCGCCAUUGACGCCAUGGAAAGUGUCACAAUGGAUCGAAAAGUGCGGCUUCCCACCCGGUGUGAUCAAUAUACUCUCAGGCCAUGGUCAGACGUCAGGCCAGGCCCUGUCCGAGCACAUGAAAAUCCGCGCUCUCUCAUUCACAGGCUCAACACGGACGGGUCGUUCUAUCGCCGUUGCUGCCGCAACGUCCAAUUUUAAGAAGGUUGUCUUUGAGCUUGGUGGCAAGUCACCUUCGUUGGUCUUCGAUGACGCAGACAUCGAGCAAGCAGCGAAAGACAUUGAGCUCAGUAUCAACUCGAACUCCGGCCAGGCAUGUUUCGCGAGCAGCAGGGUCUACGUACAAGAGGGCAUCAAAAGUCAAUUCGUCGAAGCCAUCACACGCGUAGCGAAGACACGGAAGCUAGGGGACCCCACAAAACCUGGCAUUAACCAAGGCCCACAAGCGGACAAGAUACAGUACGAGAAUGUACAGAAGUACAUCGCACUUGGCAAGGACGAAGCAGGGUCGACAAUUGACACAGGUGCCGGUGUCACCAACAACGAAGUCUCCCCCUACCACAUUCAUCCUGUGAUCUUCACCGACGUACCUGAGGGCUCGCGGCUCACAAAGGAGGAGGUGUUUGGACCCGUCGUGAUUGUAAAUGAAUUUGCCACUGAGGAGGAGGCCAUUGCCAAGGCGAACAAUACUGAGUAUGGGCUCUACGCAUCGCUGUACACCAAAGACCUGGAGAGGGCACUCAGAGUGGCGAAGAAGCUCGAAAGUGGUAUGUUGGGUGUCAACUGUACAAGUCCAACAAAUAGCUGGGACAUGCCUUUCGGUGGAUGGAAAGGAAGCGGGACAGGGAGAGAGAGCUUAUUGGAGAGCAUGGAGCAUUAUCUUGAGGUCAAGAGUAUAUAUGUGAAGGUCAAUGGGAUCGGUGGGUGA